AGGAGGAGGAUGGCGGGGCUGGUGUGGAAGUGGCCGCGGACGCGGCUGCCCGUGGGCGCCAGCGCCUUGGGCGUCUUUGUGCUGUGCUGGCUCUACGUCUUCCCCGUGUACCGGCUGCCGGACGAGAAGGAGAUCGUGCAGGGGGUGCUGCUGCAGCAGGGCAAGGCGUGGAGGAGGAACCACACCGCGGUCGCCGUGUUCAGGAAACUGCUGGAAGAAUGUUGUGACCCUGGUCAGCUCUUUGCCAUGACAAAGCAGAACUCCCCCAUGGGAAAGAAUCUCUGGUUUGAUGGGGAAUUGUUAUAUUCUUUCACUAUUGAUAAUGCAACUUACUCUCUUUUCCCACAGGCUACACCCUUGCAGCUGCCAUUGAAGAAAUGCUCCGUGGUGGGAAACGGUGGGAUUCUGAAAAAGAGUGGCUGUGGCAAACAAAUAGAUCGAGCAGAUUUUGUCAUGCGAUGCAACCUUCCUCCUCUAUCCAGUGAAUACAGCAAGGAUGUUGGAUCCAAAACCCAGCUGGUGACUGCAAAUCCCAGUAUAAUUCAGAAAAGGUUCCAGAAUCUGCUUUGGUCUAGAAAAGCAUUUGUGGACAGCGUUAAAGUGUAUAAUCACAGCUAUAUCUAUAUGCCAGCAUUCUCAAUGAAGACAGGGACAGGACCCUCCCUACGUGUCUAUUAUACCCUGGAGGAUUUUGGUGCCAAGCAGACGGUGCUUUUCGCCAACCCCAAUUUCCUGCGUGACAUUGGCAAGUUCUGGAAGAGCAAAGGUAUCCAUGCCAAACGGCUUUCCACAGGACUUUUCCUAGUCAGUGCUGCCCUUGGCCUGUGUGAAGAAGUAACAAUUUAUGGCUUCUGGCCUUUCUCGGUGGACCUGCGUGGGAAGUUUAUUAGCCAUCACUACUAUGACAACGUCUUGCCCGAUUCUGGAUUCCAUGCCAUGCCAGAGGAAUUUCUACAGCUCUGGUUUCUUCAUAAAAGCGGUGUCCUGAGAAUGCAGCUAGAACAAUGUGAGGACCCUUUAAUCCAGUCUGCUGCCUAA